CCCGACCGAGGAGGUGGUUGACCUGCGCCGUGCUUGACUGCUUACCCAGCAGAUUCCCAUGCGGGGUCAGCCGCCGGUUGUAGUUCCCCGUCCAAUAACGCCGGUCAGGGUCCCCAAUCGCAUUCGGCGUCCUAUUUCUCCUCAAUGGUGAGCAUGGAUAGCCCGGGGACACCAACGAGAUUGCUGGGCUGGUGGGUAAGCGGAAGUCGGCGUAUAUAGCUCGGGAGGCCGGAGACCGUCACCUCGCGCACGCUGGUUACUGUCGCCCAACUCUACCGCAUUAUACCUGGACGAGCCGUAUUUCAGACGCGGCCUCACAUCCCCAACACACCAUCGCGCGACUGUAGCAAGAUAGUCUGCUCGCCUUGUGCAGCAACCAUCGACAGCGACCCGGCAUGGCCGACUUCGAGCGCCUCCCGCCGUCGGGCAUCUCAGUCAUCAUCGUCGGCGCCGGCUUCGCGGGCCUGACGGCGGCGAUCGAGUGCGACCGCAAGGGCCACUCGGUGAUCCUCCUAGAGAAGGCAGCUGAGCUGCAGCCGCUGGGCGACAUCAUCAGCUUUGGCCAGAACUCGUCGCGCUUCUUCGACAAGUGGGCCGGCGUGCGCGAGGAACUCAACCCGCUGGUGCACAAGUCGGACUCGUUCAACUUCUACGACUGGACCGGCCGGUUCGUCACAACACAGUCUUUUGCCGAAGAGCACCGCGUCUGGGGCCCCAGAGUGAACGGUCACCGCGGCGAGAUCCACCAGGCCGUGCUGCGCCACGCCCGCGCGCGCGGCAUCGACAUCCGGCUGGGCUGCAACGUCGUCAACUACUUCGAGGACGCCGACCGCGCCGGCGUCGAGACCGAUACGGGCGAGCGCCUGACCGCCGACGUGGUGCUCGCCGCCGAGGGCGUGCGCUCGCGCGGCCGCAAGCUCGUUCUCGGUUUCGAGGACAAGCCGCAACCGUCCGGCUACGCGGUCUUCCGCACCUGGUUCCCCACGGACGAGCUGCUCAAGAACGAGAAGACGCGGCACCUCGUGGCGAACGGAGACUCGCACAACGGGUGGAUCGGCAAGGACGUGCACUUCCUCGUGGCGGCAAUCAAGGACGGCAAGGAGAUAAGCUGGGUAUGCACGCACAGGGACAACGGCAGUAUCGAGGAGAGCUGGCAGUUCCCGGGCAAGAUCGAGGAUGUGCUCCGGGUCGUGGACGGGUGGGACCCGGUCGUGCAGGAACUGGUGCGCCUAACCCCGCCGGACCGGCUGUUCGACUACAAGCUGGUGUUCCGCGACCCACUGCCUACGUUCGUGUCGCCGAAGGCGCGCACGGCGCUGAUAGGCGACGCCGCGCACCCGUUCCUGCCGACGUCGAUCCAGGGCGCCAGCCAGGCGAUGGAGGACGGCGUCGUGCUGGCCGCCUGCCUCGACCGGGCCGGCGGCCCCGCCGGCGUGCCCGAGGCCGUCCGCGUCUGGGAGCGCAUCCGCUACGAACGCGUCCACAAGAUCCAGAAGACGGGCGUCACGACACGCGAGCAGUGGCACAAGGCCGACUGGGAUGCCAUCUGGAAAGAUCCGCAGUCGCUGCACCUGAAGCGCGAGGAGUGGAUUUUGAACUUUGAUGCCGAGGCCGAUGCGUACGCGCGGUACGACGCCGUGAGGGAGCAGCUGGAGAAAGAGCGGGCCCAAGCGUAGCCCACCUGUACUUGUCCUCGGCGCCUUGCUGGUCCGAGGAAGCUUGAUGCCGUUGCCGGAUUUGGCUAGACAGAUAUCAUAGACCAUUGAUUGAUUGAAUCUAGAGUGACAACGACGGAUCUAAACCUCCUGCACUGCGCUUAUUCCAGUACUCGAGACCGGUUUCUGCGUGAAUGGACUGCGGCGCAUGGACAUCUGUACCUAAG